AUGUCUGGAAAACUUCGUCUUUACAAGGAAAAGCUUGAGGGGUACAACCGCUUCUACUCGAUCGUUAAAACGAUCAAAAUGGUUACCUUGGCGAAGUACAGGACGGCGCAAACUCGUGUAAGAACACGUGAUUUUACACUUCGCUAUACUGAGAAGGCAUUCAGCAAGCCCCAUGCAAAUGAGAGGGAGGCUAUAGCCUCUGCUAAGAACGCUUUGGUAUACAUUCCAAUCACUACAAAUCGAGGUUCUUGUGGAGCUCUAAACAGUAAUACUAUACGGUGUAUUGAUUCUAUUGCCUCGAGCAAAAUGGUUCUGAUGCCCGUUGGUAAACGUGGAAUUGAUUCGCUGUUCAAGCUUUAUCCCAGCGAGUUCAAAUAUGGUAUUAUUAACGAUAUGAAGGAGGCGAUGCACUUUGCUUAUGCGACCUACAUCUGGGAGAACGCUCACGCUGUUGUCGAGGAUGCAGACCGCUAUCAAGUCAUUUUUCAUCGUUUUGUCUCUGCAGGUGUUCAAAAACACGCUAUAUAUAAUAUUCCAGCAUAUGAGAAAUGGAAGGAAGAUCUUGCUGAUGCUGCUAGUACCGACAACCAAAAAAGCCGUUACUUGUUUGCUAAUGCUCUGCAAAAUGAGGAAGAACAGUUUAUCCGAGAUUUCUAUGAUUUUCAUGCCUCACUUGCAAUUCUGAAUGCUGUCGCAGAGAAUGAACUCUCUGAACAAGCUGCACGUUUGGUUGCUGUUGAAGGUCAGUUGACGAAUAUCAGCUCUUUGAAACAGCGAACCAGCUCAUUGUAUAACAAGACACGACAAUUUGGUAUCACUGCAGCACUUAUUGAGAUUCUUUCUGCUAUGAGUUCUCUAGAGGGAAGUACAACGAAGGGCGUUCAGCGCAACAACUUCUGGGAAGGAGGAAGAAUAAAGUAG